CGGGCUGCCGUCCGUCCGCCCCCGGCUGCUUCUGCGCGGAAGAUGGCGGUGCCCGAGCCGCCGCUGCCGCUGCCGCGGGGAGGUCCAGGCUCCGCUUCGCUCUCCCCGCCCCGGGGAGACCGCACCCUCCUCGUCAGGCACCUGCCGGCCGAGCUGACGGCCGAGGAGAAGGAGGACUUGCUGAAAUACUUCGGGGCGCAGUCGGUGCGCGUCCUGUCAGAUAAGGGGCGCCUGAAACAUACAGCAUUUGCAACUUUUCCUAAUGAAAAGGCAGCAAUAAAGGCAUUGGCAAGACUCCAUCAGCUGAAACUUCUAGGUCAUACUUUAGUUGUUGAAUUUGCCAGAGAGCAAGAUCGAAUUCAUUCCCCAUGUCCCACCUCAAAUACAGAGAAAAAGAAAAGGUCAGAUGACAAUGUGGAAGAUGAUAAAGAGAAGAAAGAACCUGACUUUUUAACAAUAGAAAGUGGAAUUGCACCAAAUCAUGGGCUGACUUUUCCUCUAAAUUCAUGCCUCAAAUAUAUGUACCCACCACCUUCAAGCACAAUCCUUGCAAAUAUAGUAAAUGCCUUGGCAAGUGUGCCCAAAUUCUAUGUACAGGUGCUUCAUCUUAUGAAUAAAAUGAAUUUGCCCACACCAUUUGGACCUAUUACUGCACGACCCCCAAUGUAUGAGGACUAUAUGCCACUGCAUGCACCCCUUCCACCUACGUCACCUCAGCCACCUGAGGAACCUCCCUUACCAGAUGAGGAUGAGGAUUUAUCUAGUAAUGAAUCAGAGUAUGAAAGCAGUGAUGAGGAGGACCGACAGAGAAUGAACAAAUUAAUGGAACUAGCAAAUCUUCAGCCCAAAAGACCUAAAGCCGCAAAGCCACGCCAAGUGAGAAAAAAACGAAAAAUCAAGGAUAUAUUGAAUAUACCUUCGUCAGCUUCACAUAGGUAUUUGCAUCCUGUGCUGUUACCAUCUGAUGUAUUUGACCAACCACAACCUGUAGGCAAUAAGAAAAUUGAAUUCAAUAUAUCUACCAACAUGCCAGCAGCAUUUCAGAAAGAUUUGGAAAAGGAACAGAAUAAUGAAGAAAAAAAUUCUGAUUCACCAGAUACUGAACUUAAUGAUUCAAAUACAGGAUUUGGAAAAAUUUUCCCCAAACCUAAUUUGAACAUCACAGAAGAAAUUAAAGAUGAUUCUGAUGAAAUGCCUUCACAAUGUAUUUCUCGAAGGGAGUUGGAAAAGGGUCGAAUUUCUAGAGAAGAAAUGGAAACCCUUUCAGUUUUCAGAAGUUACGAACCUGGUGAACCAAACUGCCGAAUUUAUGUAAAGAAUUUAGCUAGACAUGUUCAAGAAAAGGACCUUAAAUUUAUAUUUGGAAGAUAUGUUGACUUUUCUUCAGAAACACAGCGGAUAAUGUUUGAUAUUCGCUUGAUGAAAGAAGGCCGCAUGAAAGGACAAGCUUUCGUUGGACUUCCAAAUGAAAAAGCAGCAGCUAAAGCCUUAAAAGAAGCUAAUGGCUAUGUUCUUUUUGGAAAACCCAUGGUGGUUCAGUUUGCUCGAUCUGCUAGACCAAAACAAGACUCUAAAGAAGGAAAACGGAAGUGAUAGGAAUGGGGAAAGAAGCAUUCCUGCGUAAAUACUGCUGUAAUACUGUCAUACAAGUGUAUCCUUUCUUGUUGUAUCCUUUUUGGGGCAGUGGCUUUGUUUUGUUUCAUUUUGUUUUCUGGAAAUACUUUACCUACCAUCUAUCAUUUAUCCAGAUUAAGCAAUACUUUUUUAUAUUAUAUUCAAGUGAAAUAUUUCUCAAGCUAGUUUUGUAGUCUGAACAAAUAUUUUACAUGUAUUUUAGAUUCACUGUUUAAUGUUUUAUGUUAUCAUAUAAUCAAGGAGUUUUUUUCAGGGAAAGUUAGUGAAUCAGGUCGCUUUGUAUAUAUAUAUAUGCUUUACUACAGAGUAUGGUAGUAUUUCUUCUACAUGUGAAUUUCCUCAACCUAAUUCAGGAAUACGCUUUCUGUUUCAUGGUUCCUACUGAAUUCUCUGUCUUUCAAGUACUGUGGAACUAUGACAGAAGAAAUUGAUCAUCAGGACUAUGGAACUGUGCGUAACAACAUUGAAAGCAUUCAAAAAUCUCUUUAUCUUCACAUUAGUGCUUGGAGAUAUUUUAUAAUAGUUUAUUGCAUAUAUAAUAAAUUAUUUUCUUCUCA